CUGUUUUGUAUAUCUCAGUGAUAAAUUCAGAAUUUCUCAGCGAACCCACAGAAAAAGCCAUCAUCAACCUCUCCUCGCCCCCAAAUUCCACUCCAUCACAAAGGUAAGUAAGAAGCUGCGAAAAAUAUAUGGGAAUGGGUUUUGGGACAUACAUCAAAACCCUACUAAUUACAUUCUCAGCAGCUCUAAUCACCUACAAUGUCAUCAUCUCUGCAAAUGCACCUUUAAAGCUUGAUUUCCCAGGACCCAAAAACCCUUCUUUAAAUUCUUUCGAUUCUUCAUUUGACCCAGUAAUUAGACUUCCUAAUGAUCGCAAAUCUAAACUGGCUUCAGCUCAAAAGAGGCUCUUUCACACUGCUGUGACUGCCUCGGAUUCUGUGUACAAUACUUGGCAAUGUAGAGUGAUGUAUUAUUGGUUCAAGAAGUUUCAGAGUCAACCCAAUUCUGAGAUGGGUGGGUUUACUCGUAUUUUGCAUUCAGGUCAACCGGAUAAGUAUAUGGAUGAGAUCCCCACUUUUGUUGCUCAGCCUCUCCCUUCUGGGGUGGAUCAGGGUUACAUAGUUCUCAACAGACCUUGGGCAUUCGUACAAUGGCUUGAACAAGCAGACAUCAAAGAAGAUUAUAUACUAAUGGCAGAGCCAGAUCACAUUAUUGUGAAGCCUAUACCUAAUUUAUCUCGUGAUGGGCACGGAGCUGCUUUUCCAUUCUUUUAUAUUGAACCUAAGAAAUAUGAGUCCACACUCCGGAAGUAUUUUCCUGAGAACAAGGGACCAAUCACACAAAUCGAUCCCAUUGGGAAUUCUCCUGUAAUUAUUGCUAAGGAAUCUCUCAAGAAGAUAGCUCCCUCAUGGAUGAAUGUUUCAUUGGGAAUGAAGCAGGAUCCUGAAGCCGACAAAGCUUUUGGCUGGGUUCUUGAGAUGUAUGCCUAUGCUGUGGCGUCUGCCUUGCAUGGUGUAAAGAACAUCUUGUAUAAGGAUUUCAUGAUUCAGCCUCCGUGGGACACAGAAGUGGGAAAGAAGUAUAUCAUCCAUUACACUUACGGAUGUGACUACGAUAUGAAGGGUAAGCUAACAUAUGGCACGAUUGGAGAAUGGAGAUUUGACAAGAGAUCCUAUGACAAGGUUAAACCUCCAAGAAACUUGACGCUGCCACCACCCGGUGUUCCUGAAAGUGUGGUGACACUUGUGAAAAUGGUGAAUGAGGCAACAUCAAACAUACCUGACUGGUAGUCAUAAUGAGACGAGAAUACGUGAUGAAAUCCAAUACUGAGAUAAUGUUGUAUCUUUCAGUAAUGAAGCUUCAUUGACACGAGAUAGAUCCAAAUACACCAAACAUAGAUCAUCCUUGAUAGUUGAUACUAGAGGUUUCUUUUUCUAUUCCUCACCACCACCCCAUAUUUUGUACUGUCAACGUACAACAGAUUUUACACCAUAGGUAAUAGACUAAUAGUGCAUAGCUUAAGUUGUAAAAAUCCAGAAAUUCCUCUGAAACUUUUGUGUUAAUAUAGAAAAUUUCUUGUGCAAA